GUAAAAUUAGUUGGCUAUACAUAUAUGUAGUUAUUUGUUGCACUAAACCCCAAAUAAUUGAAAAACUUUUAUUUCAUUGGAAAAUCUUAAGCGUACUCAUACCUUGUGCUCAUUUUUAUUUUUUCUGAUGAUCCUCGAUGCUUAUUAGUCCCCCCUCCCCCCAUGUUUAUUUUAAUGGUUUGUUCACAGUUGGUUUCUUAUGAUUAGUCACUUUAAUAUUGUUGGGUAUAAGGAUAGUUUGAGGAACCUAAUCAACCCCAAAGACUAUAAGUCCCUAGCAAAAUUAUAUGAUAGGGACGUACUAGGAAAGGUUUCUUAAGAUGGUCAGACCCUUUUUAAUUAAUUUUUCAUUUAAAAAAUAUUUUUAGGUAUUUUUAAUUAAAAAAGCUUUCUUUCUUUCUCCUAAUUUUAAAAAAUCUUUCAACAAAAAAAUUCCCAAGAAAAAUGAGUAACAGCAGUGGAUUUAUUGAUAAUUUAAGUAUUUCUGAUAAUGAUAAUCACUCAAAUGGUUCCCCUAUUCCUAAAGAAGAAAAAAUUGCAGAGAGAAUUGGAAAACAAAAUAUUGGAUUGAAAGUUCCUUCACCAAUACCUCCGGCAGCUAUUGCACAGAGACCACAAUUAAAUGAAAUGGUAAAAGCCUAUGAACAAAUAAUAAGUCAUGUAGGUGAAGAUAUUAACAGACAAGGUUUACAAAAAACACCGUUUCGUGCUGCUAAAGCAAUGCUUUACUUUACUAAAGGAUAUGAAGAAAAUUUUGAUGAUGUUUUAAAUGAAGCUGUUUUUGAUGAAGAUACCGAUGAAAUGGUAAUUGUUCGCGAUAUAGAAAUGUUUUCUUUAUGUGAACACCAUUUAGUUCCUUUUCUUGGGAAAGUACAUAUUGGCUAUUUACCAAAUAAAAAAGUACUUGGAUUAAGUAAAUUAGCUCGAUUAGUUGAAAUGUUUAGUAGAAGAUUACAAGUACAAGAAAGAUUAACAAAACAAAUAGCCGCAGCUGUUUUGCAAGCUGUACAUCCGUCGGGGGUUGGUGUUGUUAUUGAAGCUAGCCAUAUGUGUAUGGUUAUGAGGGGAGUCCAAAAAAUAAAUGCAACAACAACAACUUCUUGUAUGUUGGGAGUUUUUAGAGAUGAUCCAAAAACUAGAGAAGAAUUUUUAACAUUAAUUAAAAAAUAAUGAAGUGAAAUUUAAAGAAAAAUAAAAGAAAAUUUUAAAGGAAUUAAAAGAUUUUGUAUUAAAAAGUACUAAAUUAUAAUUUUGUUUGUAUAAAAAUAAAAGAAAAAAAUUUAUUUAAAAAAUAUUUUUUUAAGAUUUAAUAAAUCAUUUUAUCUUAUACUAACAUAUCUCCUCUAUUUUAAAUAAAAAAUAAAAUGUAAACCCGGAUCUCGAAAUAUGUAUAGACUCCCAUGAUGAAUAACGAUAGGUCAAUUCCUGGAAAACCACAAUUCCCGACACAUAACCCCAAUCAGGGAUGAGCGCAUUGCGUCCUGUAUUAUUUGCGUUAAAAUUUGGCCUUGCGUU